AUGUCUGUUAAGAUGAAAGAGAAAUUUGACAAAUAUUGGAAAAAAAUACAGUGUUGUCUAGCAUUUGGAGCUAUUCUUGAUCCACGCUUGAAAGAUAAAUUUUUAAAGUUUUGCUACACUACGCUUGAUGACUCAACCUCUAAAAGUAAGCUUGAUAAUGUGAUGGAUAAAUUCAAAGAGCUUUAUGAAGAGUAUGUGAGUUAUUCUACCAAUCAAGGUGUUUCUCUUUCUCAAUCAUCUUAUGAGCUCAACUCAUUGGCUAAGUUACCUAGAGAGGGGAAAGCAAAAAAAUCAAAGAUUAUACGUUAUAGGAAGUCUCCAUUGAGGAGAAGAUUCAUUGAUUUGGUACUUUCCGCGCGAGGCUGUUUUUUCUUGGUUUCUGGUUGCUUUACUAUUUCCUAUCAUCACAUGUACAGAUCAAAUGAUUUUAAAUCAUGGAACUCGAUUGAGAGUAGGUUUGUCCCUGAAAAGAGUGAGUUAGAUAUAUACUUUGACGAUGAAUUAAUGGAUCUAGAUGAAGAACACUCUGAAGAUUUUGAUGUACUUAUUUAUUGGAAGUUUAAUGAGAAAAAGUUUCCGAUACUCUCCAUAAUGGCACGAUUCUCUCCAUAA